AUGGCUACAUCAAUUCAACCACCGCGACAAAGGAGAUUCAUCAAGAUUCGAUCAUUCCGAGCCUGCGUGGUGAGUUACGUCGUGUCACACUCGUCUUGGGAGCACGUUACAGCACAGAGAAAUUCCUCAAGCGAUUGCCUCAAUACACUUACCUCAAGUACUCAGGAAUAUCUAGAAAGCUCCCAGCAAGAUGGAGCUGUGUCACCACCAACCAAAUUCAAUGUUCUGCCUGUUACAUCCGCAGGCCAUGUUAUCUAUAUGGGCGAAUCUGCGGGUUUUAACCUCCUCCUCAGUGGAAGCCAAGGCCCGGUAGUGCAUUUCCCUCUGCCUCGAGAUACUCUUGCACUGUCAAUACCUGCUGGACUAGACCCCCUCGAAACACGGAUCCUUCAGCGCAGAGGGGCCUUUGUACUGCCUCCGAAAACGCUUUGCGACGACUUGAUAGAGACUUUCUUUGCUUGGGUUCACCCGAUUGUACCCGUUGUCAACCGCACAAAAUUCAUGUCACAAUAUCGAGAUCCUAAAAGCCCCCCGUCGAUGCUUCUCAUACAGUCUAUCUUGCUGGCUGGCGCCCGAAUAAGCACAAACCCACAAUUAAUGGUUGAUGGAUCAGCUUCAACAGCUGUUGCGACAUUUUAUCGACGCGCCAAAGCCCUUUAUGACGCCGACUAUGAGCGAGACGGAAUUACCUUGGUGCAGUCGAUGCUUCUAAUGGGAUGGUACUGGGCUGGCCCUGAUGACAUAUCCAAGAACAUGUUCUAUUGGAGUCAAUCCGCAAUCGCUGUUGCUCAGAAUCUCGGUCUUCAUCGCAGCAUGGAAAAUUCAACAUUGUCAAUCAGUGAAAAGAGACUCCGCAAGCGCAUUUGGUGGACGCUAUUUACUCGAGAUCGCACUUUAGCUGUUGGCCUGGGGCAGUCGGUAUCCCUCAACCUCGACGAUUGCGAUGUCGAUAUGAUCGCCGAUGAUGACUUCAUCGAGCAUGAUGGGAAUGAUAUUCACGAAUACCCACCAGACCCAACUCAGGUGGGAUUCUUCGUUCAGUACGUGAAGCUGUGUAAGCUGAUAGGACUUGUCGCAUCCAAAUAUUCCAACAUAUCCAGUGGUGGUCAAGACUGGGAUGGUAUCAACUCUAUUGCUACAUCCCUAUCCAAAUGGAACCAGGAGUGCCCUGCUCCCAUGCGCUGGGAACGAUCAAAGCACCAUUUCUGGUCUGGGAUACUCUACUUGCACUACUUCAGCGCUUGCUGUCUGCUACAUCGGGCAAGUUCACCUCGAAACAGAAAGACUUUGCAGGAUACAAAACAAUCCUAUGGAUUACGAGAUGGUACAGUUGGCUCAGCCAAUAUGAUUACGUCGAUUGUUGAAGCCCUCAGAGACAAGCAACAGCUACGCCGCUGUCCUCCAUUCAUCGUCCAUAGUCUCUUUUCAGCAGUUGUUAUACACUUACACGUGUCGAAUACGCCGAGUCCUACUACCAGGAGACUUGCCCGUCGACGAGUCAGCACCUGCUUGGAAUCCCUGAAAGAUUUAGCGCAAGUGUGGGCGGUUGGACGAACAGUAGUUACAAUGAUUGAAACGAUUUCUGGCCUCAGCUGUGAUGGGAAGCCGUCCUCUCGCAAGGGCGAAGUCGUUAUCGAUCUGGGAUGUGCCGACACUUCAGAUCAGGCUUGCAGCCCCGACAGUCGAAGCAUAACUACAGACGUUAGCGAUAAGACCCAGGCACUCCACGACCCCCCAGGUUCUUACCAGACACUGCCCUAUCGCGAAGCAUAUACUCCAGUUGUCGUAGAUUCCCAUACGGAAUUCCCCACCGCCUACGACUAUCCUUCAAAUUUCGACCUCGGUGUUCUUCCAGCGCAAAUUGACUCUAGCAGUCUAUUACCAGAUGCAUAUAUUCACUCGGGACUCCCACCGGGCUCGUUCUAUGUUGAUGACACAGCCCAAAUUUGUAACCCAAUAACAGAUGCAAGUGUCCCGUCAUGGGAUCAGUUUCAGAUGGGCUGUCAGCAAGACUACAGUAUUUCAGUGCCUUGGAGUCUCAUCCCAGAUCCACCCAUAUUUCUAUAA